AUGCAGAGUGCAGGACAUUUGAGAGUUAAUGUUAGUGGUAGCGUGGAGUAUCAAGCCUCACAGGAGAUGAUUGUGUUCUGUACUUUAUCUGUGGUGCUAUGCUGCUCUUUUAUCUACGUGAACUGUGUUCUGUUGUACACCUUGAGGAGCAAGCCAGUUUUUUGUGAGACGUCCCGUUACAUUCUGUUGUUUAACCUUCUCUUCGCAGAUACUGCCUAUCUUGUGACAAGUUUGUUAUUCUACAUACUAGCUGUUUGCAGGCUGAGGCUAAAAUUGUAUGUUUGUGGUUUGCUUACAAGCAUCAGUGUUUUAGAAGACAUCAUCUCUCCACUUACUCUGAUAGUGAUGUCCAUUGAGAGAUAUGUGGCUGUAUGCUUUCCUAUGAGACAUACAGACCUUGCCACCGUCAGAAACACAGGAGCAGCCAUCUCUGUUGUGUGGACCAUCUCUGGUGGCAAUGUUCUAAUGCGAGGGUUAAUUCUUGUUGAUUGGAAAAGUAAUUUUGAUCCAAAAGCGGAAAUGGAAGACUUCUGCUCGAAAGAGGCAAUGUUCCUGGCACCGAUGUCCAGUGUAGUUGAUAAAGCAUUUUGCGCUUUUGUGUUUGCAUUUGGGGGACUUGUAACUAUUCUUUCCUAUGUUGGUGUGACGUUGGUAGCCAGGUCAGCCUCGACAGAUAAAGCAUCUGCCAGCAAGGCUGGAAAAACAGUUAUACUUCAUAUGAUUCAGUUGGUUGUGAUUCUAAUCGCUACCAUCUACUCUAGCAUUCUCGUGAGCUUUGCAAGAAUAGUGGACAGAACCACUUUGAUUCGUCUCUACAACAGUUUUUUUGUGUGUUUGAAUCUAUUUCCCAGGUGUCUCAGUGCUCUUAUCUAUGGGCUCAGAGACAAGUCCAUCAGACCUCUCCUCUUGAAAAGGCUCUGUGGUAAUAUCAAAUGCUUGGCCCCCAAAUCUGUGGAUGAGCAAACAAUGAUUAAGGAUUGUCCUGUCCCAUGA